GGCCCGGCCGGAACGGUUGCUGACUAGCGAGGAGGAAGUAGGGACGGGGAGGCGUUAGAAAGCGGCCGCGUCGUUUUAUCCGCGGGCGGAAAAAAGAGGCUGCCCGCGGGGGUUUUCUUCUCGUCGUAACAGUGGGAGCCGUCGGGAAAGCUGUCAGCAUGAAUGUUGGAGUAGCCCACAGUGAGAUGAAUCCCAACACGCGAGUGAUGAACAGCCGAGGCAUUUGGUUAGCUUACAGCAUUUCUGUGGCUGUGCUCCAUAUCAUCUUUCUUAGCAUUCCCUUCUUCAGUGUCCCUGUGGUCUGGACUCUAACUAACGUUAUCCAUAACCUGGUGAUGUAUUGGUUUCUCCAUACAGUGAAAGGGACCCCCUUUGAAACGCCUGACCAGGGCAAGGAUCGCCUACUCACACACUGGGAGCAGAUUGACUACGGCACACAAUGGACAUCCUCCCGCAAAUUCUUAAGCAUUUCUCCAAUCAUUCUGUACAUUUUAACCAGCUUUUAUACAAAAUAUGACCCUGUGCAUUUCAUAAUCAAUACCACUUCACUCCUGAGUGUCCUCUUGCCCAAAUUACCCCUGUUCCAUGGGGUCCGUCUCUUCGGUAUCAACCAGUAUUGAAGCAGAAGGGAUCUUGGGACUGCUGAGACGCUAUUCUUCCGAAGUAAAACUAGUUCCAAGAAAGUGUGGGCAAAGCUGUGUUUGCAUCACCUCGGACUCUCUCUGGAACCAGGUUUCGCUGGGCGAGGCAAGCCAAGCUGCCACUGCUCAAACGACUGAGCCACUGCUCAAACGACUGAGCAGCAUGGAGAAUUCUUUGACGUUUCUGGCAAGGAGAUCGAAGCCACGUUUCUUGUGGUUAGUCUAUACUAGGGGUGGAAUUCUCUGGUGGAAUGAAACAAUAGUUGAAUUUCACGCGAACAUGAGUUCUCUAGCUCUCCCAUGUAAAAAUUCCUGCUUUUGCUCUUUGUAGUGGGGGACUGGGAUCCCUUUCUGCAAGGGAUUUCAUGUUGCUUAAGAUCACCUUCCUUUGAUUUGUAAACUUCCCUUCCUUUUUUUUUCAAAUGUGGUUGUGCUGCUACAUUUCCAGAGUUUUCCCACUCAGGAAAAUGAAUUAGCCUGCUGUGACAGGUCUCAUACUUACGGUUCUAAGUUGUGCAAAUAAUAUUUUGUAAAUACUCACGUGGUAGGUAUGUAUUAGCAUAACUUUGUUCAUUCCAGUUGAAUGCACAGUAUAGAGUACUUUGCGCUGCCCCUCUACACACUUCCCCCUUUCAAGUAGUUUUUCCGGUUAUAAAGGCAUAAUGUAACACAACAUUGAAGUUGGAAGAUGCAAAUUUAAUUAUACAUUUAGUCAGUGUUCUGCACUGCUUUUGUUUUUCGUGAACCCUGCUUAUACCAGCCCCGUGAAAUUAUCAACAUAAAAAGCUGAAAAGAUAAAUGACAUGGGCAGAUCACUUAUUUAAUCUGUGUAUGAACCUUUAUUUGUUGUUGGUUUCUAUCAUAGUUCCCCAGCUUGUUUUAAAAAAGUCCUUAUUUUUAUAGGGCAGACAUCUCUAACCUGCUGUUUAUAGGCUAAAGGAAUCUCAUUUCUUAUGAGGUUUCUUCACACAUCCAUGAAAGUGAUCCAAUGUUACAUCGAGGGAAUUGGUUUGAAGCACAAGAUGAGCGCUCUGUUUACUGGUAUUUCAAAUAGCCAUCUUUAAAAAAAAGUAAGAAAGGCAGUCAAAAACAAAUAAAUAAACACAAGCUUAUAGUUAUCAGCACUUUAUAGCUAUUUUUUCUGAUCAAAGUUUGUGCUAAAUAUUGAAAUGGUGGUUUUAAAUUUGCUUCAAAAAUCCACAGGGGACUGUACUCUAUUCUCUCUCAUUCCUUACCAUUAACUCUGGAAGUAGCCAAUAAAAGUGUAAUACUAAAAGCAUCCAAGUGGGACUAAAAGUCUAAGUAAGAACUAGAUGUGUCAGUAUUAUGUUAGUAUGAAAAGCAAUCAUGUUUGCACCCACCCUCCAGAUCAGCUUUUAUAGGCUUAUCUAGAAAAUCGGUGUUUCUCAAACUGGGCAACUUUAAGACAUGUAAACCUCAACUCCCAGAAUUCCCAGUUGAAGUUCACUGUACCAGAGUUGAAAGGCCAAAGGGGAAAUAAUGACUUCAACGAUCAUCCCAAUUGGUGUUCCUUCAGUCAGACACAUACUGAACAGAUAGAAUGAAAACCUAACACUAAUCUUAACCAUAAUGAAGGCAUCACUGCUGAAAUUUUCUAUAAAGUUCUAACCUACUACUAGCCCCUGUAUUUUUCCUGGUUUUAAACCCCAAAUUGCUGUGGAUUGGAGGCUUCUGUCUGCCUUGCUUUAAGCCACCUCUGGAAAAGUUGCUCCUUCACACAAGAAAGCAAGCAAAAGGCUGAAUGAAGCUGCCCUUUCCCAUUUCAUCUCAACCCAUCUUAAAAGCAGACUGUUCCUGCUCUGUCCUCCUAGAUUGGCUAUUUAACAUUUUGAUGAUCUCUGCCCAUCUUUUAACUCAUACCUUUGAGGAUGACAUUUCUCCUCAUUUAGUGUGCCCUUGCAACAAUCAUACACCUCCUGAGCUACUCCCCCAUUUUGGAACAGUGUUUGCCCGUGCAUCCAAAUUGCUCCCUCCCUCCUGGUUUUUAGGAACACUUUCAAAAAAUAUAGGUCUUGGAGGCUGGAAUGCUACAAUCUGUUCCCUCCAGCAAUAGAAAUGAUCUUUUGCUUGGUGGUUGAAUUAAAUUCUGGUUUAUUUCUUACUGUGUCCUGUUUUAAGCAUUGUAAUUAUUGCUAUUUUACUCUAAUGUGUACUGUAUGUUUUUAAUCCAAUUUACAAUAGUUGGGAUGUAUGCUGCUCAGAGUUGAUUAGAGCAGCUUAUAAAUAAAAUUAAACCCAAAGAGAAAA